AUGUUUCUUUCAUCAAGCUUGCGGGGAUUGCCGCUGAAGAAUUCGAAUGAUGCACGAAUUCUGUGUUCACUGCUACAAAAGCGAGCAAUGCAUUUGAUAAUGAAGCAAGAAUCCGUGAAUCGAACAUCCACUGUCGUGUUCCAAUCUCGUCUCUUUUCAAAAUCCACGGAUUUUGAAAAGCCACCCGCAACUGUUAAAGAAGCGAAAAACACGGGAAAUGAAGGAGCUUUGCAGAAAUCGAUUCUGGAAGAGGUUCUAAUCCAUGAGAAACGAAAACCAACUACAUUUGGAGGAAAGGUGGUUGAGAAAGCUUCAAAUACUUUUAUGUAUACUGCGGUUUUGGUCGGAGUGGGAUUGAUCGGAGCAUUCUUUUAUGUGUUAGCUGGAGAAUUCUUUGCCGAGGACAGUCCGCAAACCAUAUUUAACAAGGCUUUGGAAAUCGUGAGAAACGACGGCCGCUGUAUGGACAUGUUUGGUGCCACGAUUGCCGGAUUUGGAGAAGAGACGUCACGCGGCCGCCGCCGUCACGUCGCCCAUCACAAGUACGAAAAAGAUGGCCGCGAGCGAAUCCGCGUUCUUUUCCACGUGAAAGGUGAACGCGACGAAGGAAUCGCGCAAGCCGAAAUGGAGAAGCGCGACGGCGAUUGGCAAUGGCGAUUCCUGUACGUCGAGAACAAACGACGUCCGAAGACCACACACGUUCUCAUCGAUAACCGAUAA